AUGGUGAAUUAUAGAAGAUGUUUGUGGUCGAGGAAGCGAAAGUUGUCUGAACUCUUCUCUGUCGCCGCGUAUCCUCUCCUGCCCGAGGACCCGGCGUACAACCAAAAGUUACAGGCUUUCCAAGAUGCAAAUGACCUAGAAAGCGGUCGACUCUUCAAUGAAGCGACACUCCCACCGAGAACCCAUAUAACCCUUCUAUCUCGACAGACGAAACUCUCAGCUCCUGUCACGACAGUAGUUUCGAUCGGCAGCCCUCUCUCACAACAAUCUUCCCUUCCUAAGAGCAAUCUCUCGUCGCCGUCACGUCCUAAAGAUGGCAACAAGGCUACGAUCGCAGAACCACCAACACUCCUCCGGGAAGAAGUCGAUCAAGAGGCCCAUACUGCACCGCAGCAAACAGUAGAUGGAGGAGAUGAUAGUCUUACUAAACCAGAGCAGAGUUCUGCGGUAGCAGUACCGCAACAAGAAGCGCCUGCCCUCGGAAUCAAAGAGUCUAUUGUCAAUGGAUCGUCCAAGUCGCCUACGCCGGUACCGCGUCCAAGACCGCCUGAAGAGGGGACAAACGCCUCUUCUGCGGAAACCAAUGAUGCUGCAAGAGACGGAACUCCCACUGUCGCGACACUCGAGCCUCCCAUUGAGCAAGGGCGCAGUCGAAGCCCUCCAGUCCUCGCGCCUAUUCCUCCUGUCGCCGAACCGCAAUCCUCCCCAGCGUCAACAAAUGGACCGGAGUCUGCUAUCACGCCUGCUCCAACGGCAGGCUCACCCGGCACGAGCCCCGGCGUGGAUCUCCACCCAAGUACAGCAGAUGCACCUCAGCAACGGAAAGAGGGUCAUGGUUUCCGCACGGAUUCGGAGCGAUCACCACUAAAUAAUGGUGACAUGGACCAGCAGACAGUAUCUCUAGAAUCUGCUGCCAAUGCAGACACGAGCGAAUCGAUCGCGGAGGACGGUACCGUGUCCAAGAAACCAAGCGUGCGUGUCGAUACUACCGAUGUCGAAUCCUAUUUUAAACCACGACCGAAUACCGGAAUAGUGGAAAGUCCUGCUCAGAUGACUGCUGCUGGUACACCGAAACGUGGACUUUCAACCACCCCGUCGGGACCCGAACCUCCAAAGCGUGCGACCAGAAUAUCUUCCGGGGUAUUGCAGAAGAAAUCCGUAUCGGAAAUCCUUGGUGAAACCCCCAAAGCAACCACACCCCAAGGCGAUUCUCCACAAUCAACGACGCACCGUGACUCAUUUGGCAUGUCAACUUCGGAUCCCCGAAUUGGUGACCGUCGCGAUAGAGAACGAAGCCGGCUGUCAACCGUGGUUUUCGCUAAGCCACCGAAGUCAUCUGCUGACGAUGGGCGGCUUGCAUUGGAGCGUCUUGACAACCGUGAAACGCCAAAGAAUGCUCCGAAGGACAGAGAUUAUCUGUAUACGCUAUUUGAGAACAAGGCCCAUUCUAUGUCACGGCAGACGUCUAUGACUUAUCUUAUCCAAAACGCUCACAAGACUUUAACCACAACCGAUCAUCUCGUCGAAUAUGAGUUGUCGGCUGAAUGCAGAAUCCUGAAGCGCCUGUAUCAGCUACAAGAAAAACAACGAUGGGCCUUGAGACAAUACAAACGAGCAGAUGAAGCUCCAAGGCCCACCUCCCACUGGGACUACUUGUUGGAUCACAUGAAAUGGAUGCGGACAGACUUUAGGGAAGAGCGAAAAUGGAAACUCGCCGCCGCGCGAAGUCUUGCAGAAAGCUGUGCGGAGUGGGUGGCUAGUUCACCUGAGGAGCGUUCUCGCCUGCAGGUAAAGGUUCGACCACCAAAGAUCUUGAACAAGCAAGAAGAGCCUGAGGAUGUCGACAUGGAGGAUCUUCCAAUCCCUGACGCUUCUUCACAUCCAACUCCGGAGUUGAUGCCCUCAAAUGAGGAUGACUCCAUCAGCGAUGAUAUUGCAGAUCUUCGAGAUCUCCCAAUGACCGUGGCCCCCGCUGCUCUCUUUUCUCUUGGUUCUUCCGAAUUCAACUUCCCUGUCGAUCAUACACCUGCUUUGGACAAGCUUCUGAAUGAGCUGCCUUUGUAUCGGCCAUCGGCCAUCGAAUUUGAGGUUGCGAAGUCGAACCUAGCCGAGCGCCUGGACGCGAAAUGGAAGACGGAUAUCGUACCUGUGUCGAGGUGGGCCACCGAGAAGUUACCAGUCAAAGACUACCGACCGCCUAUUAAACGGAGUCGAUAUGAGUACGAGCUCGAAAUGUCGCCAAAGAAGAAAUCUGCGCCUCUUCCAGCUGAGGAUAGUAACGUCGCGUUGUUCAUGCCAGAGAACAAGCCCAUAAGGGACAGGAUCCAUCCUGGCCAUUCGUUCCGUCCUCCAUCAGAGCAUCCUAUGCCCACUCAAGCAUUCUUCGAGACCAGGAGUUCUUCUCAGUGGACUCACGCAGAGGACGACGAGCUUAGGAAACUUGUUAAAGAUUAUUCGUACAACUGGUCGCUGAUCUCAAGUUGUCUAACUCCUCGGGGUUCGUACACGUCAGGAGCUGAUCGUAGAACUCCUUGGGAAUGCUUUGAGAGAUGGAUUGGUCUGGAGGGCCUUCCUGCAGACAUGUCCAAAACUGCCUACUUCAAAACCUAUUCCGGCAGGAUUGAGGCUGCUGGUAGGCAUGUGGCGGCACAAAUCGAGGAAGCCCAACGAAGAGCGGGGGCGAAUGUACAGAUUCCUGUCAGAAAGAGGACGACUCAGCCAGUCCGUGUCGAACGAAAACGGACACAACGACAUCUCGCGAUGCUCGACGCUAUGCGCAAAUUGGCCAAGAAACGCGAAGCUGCCCUCCAAAAGCAGCAACACCAGGCCGACCUUGCUGCAAUGCGCAAAGUCAAUGAUGCAAAUGUUCCCAAGCCAUCUUAUAAAACUCCAGCUGAAUUUUCGCAACUCAAGCAGGAACGGGAAGCGAAGAUAGCAGAACGACAGGAGAUAUACCGACAGCAGCUAAUUGCCCACCAACGUGCUACCGCUCAACAGCAGCGGAGCCAGAAUUCUCAGCCCAACACCAUGCCAAAUGGUAUGCCUCCUGGCGCCCCCAAUAUGCGUGGACCUCCUUCCGCUGGCGGUAUGCCCGCAAUACCAAACGGCGGUAUGCAGGUGCCAAACGGUCAACCUCGCCACCCUAUGCUUGCAAUGCAGCAGAAUAUGCAGUUGGCUCCUGGCAUGGUCGGACCGAAGCUCACACCACAGAUGCAGGCCCAGAUGCAAGCACAAAUGGCGGCCCGUGGAGCUGCGACCUCUCCACAACAAAUGCGUAUACUUCAGGAAGCAAGCCGUGUUCAGCAGGAGCAGUUGAUGCGACAAGCACAACAGGCACAGAACGGCGCACAUUCGUCGCCUAACAACACGAAUGCUGCUCUAGCGGCUGGAAAAGGUAUCAACAAUGCGGCUUAUAUGGCUGCGAUGGGCAGUGCCAAUGGCGUGGGGUCUCCGGCCAAUAUGAGCCAUGCAUCCGCAUCACCUCGUCCUGCGACCGCUAACUCCGGUCAAGCUUUGUCAAGUGGCCACAUUCCUGUCCUCACGCAGAUCGCGAAUAAGAUUCGCGAACAUCACCCGAAUCUUUCAGAUGACGAUGUUAACCGCCUUGCUUCACAACAGAUCACCCAGUAUCAGCAACAGGCUACCGCUGCUGCGGCAGGACAGGCGCAAAAAAGGCAUCAGCCUCACAAUCAAGCAGCCUUGAAUGCUGCCAUUGGUGCUGUCAACGCUGGCAACCAUGCCUCGAAUGCAGCCGCUGCGGCAGCAGCUGCUGCUCAAUUCGGACAGUCGAUGAUGACCCAGGAACAAAUCCAACAGUACAAUCAGCGGAUGCGCAUGCAGCAGGCACAGCAACACGGGGUCAGAGGCAUGCAGGGUCAAAUGCAACCAGGCAUGAUUCCCAAUGGAAUGAGCAACUCUCCUGUGAUGAACAUGGCUCGGCCGGUCAGUCAACACACAAACCAGGGACAGAUGAGCCGGAGUGCAACUCCGAGGGAUCAGCGCGGCAGCAGCCAGAGCAACAUUAACGUCAACGGCGCUGGUGGCGGCGCAGGAUCUGGCGCUCAAGGAAGCCCACGUCCGGCGCCAGCACAACAAACUUGA